AUGGCCUCCUGCAGUUCCGCCACAGUGUCAGCAAAACUUCUGGCCGUCAUUUCUUUGUUUGUGUUGCUUACUGUCGCCUUGCAAGUCAAGUACACCUACUUCUUCGGAUUUUACACUAUACUCUCCGCGUUUGGCAGCAACUAUUCUGCUCAAACUAACAGCUCUCGUGGGCAAAACUUAAACGAUGGUCUAUAUAAUAAAACAAACAGCACUCGAGCACAAAUCUUCGACCAUAACCUACAGACUGAAACAAACAGCACUCGUGGAAACAUCUUUGAACAUAGCCUACAGAAUAGAACAAACGGCACCACACUGUUUUCCCCGAAGCUAGUAUCAGAGCAUCCUUUUCUUUUGGAAGAGGUUAUCAAUCCACAUAAUUUUGAGUAUGUGAUUCGUCCAGCAGUGAAAUGUUCUGGCCGUGACAUUGAACUAGUAAUCGGUGUCCCUAUUACUCGUGACAAUCACGCCGGAAGAUCAGUCAUCAGAAGGACUUGGGGCAGCUAUGCCAACGAUACAAACAACAAAGCUGUCCUGCUGUUUUUUGUUGGAUCUGAGAACAAUAAAACUGGAACAGGAAAUCCAUCGGCAACAGAGUCUAGACUACAGGAAGAAGCAUCAACAUUUGGUGAUAUCGUGCAAGAAAACUACAUAGACAGUUACAGAAACCUUAGUUUAAAGUCUAUGUCCAUUUUAAAAUGGGUAAAUAAAUUCUGUCUCAAUACUAAAUAUAUUCUAAAAGUGGACGAUGAUAUGUAUGUGAAUAUUCCUUUUUUGAUGGAAUUAUUACAAGAAUUCGUCACUAAGUCAUCAACCCCAGAUGCUUUUAUCAUUGGAUGUUUGAUACCAAAUAGUGGCCCGAUUAGACACAAAAUUUCUAAAUGGUACACUUCUGAAGCUUUAUAUAAACAAGAUAAAUAUCCGAACUUCGUUUCUGGUACUGCAUAUGCUAUGACAUUGAAAGCUGCAGUUCUUUCUUACGAAGCAUCGCUAAGGGUGCCUUUGUUUUGGCUGGAGGAUGUCUUCAUUACUGGACUGUGUGCUAGGAAAGCCAAUAUUCCAGUCUAUAAGAGUAAAUUCUUUUCUAAUGGAAAGCUGGCGCCGUCGGGUUGUACAUUCAGAUCAAUGGCGACUGGCCACGGAUAUAAUGUGGCAGAAAUAACCAAGAUUCACUCGGAGCUGUUUGAUCCACAUCUCAAAUGUUGA